CCAAUGCAAAUGAGCGAUUCGGCCUCGCUCGUUACCACUUGCUUCAUUCCCUCUUGUCCAAAGUGCAUUGCUAGUCCCUCUCUAGAUGCUCAGCUCGGAGAUCUGGGUUUACUAAAUCCAGAUGAAAGUCACUGGUAGCGAUGCUGUCCCUCAGAAACCAAGAAAAAAGCCCGGAAGGGCUCCUGUUAGUUGUGCGGAAUGUCGGCGGCUGAAAAUGAAAUGCGACCGCGGAAACCCGUGUGAAAACUGUACGAAGCGUGGCUGCGCAUUAAUCUGUCCAGACGGUACACUCACUACAGGGAAACAUAACAAGUAUCGUCUCAAGUACCGCAGUCAUGAUCUCCUUUCUGAUAUGCAAUGCAUCAGGAUGAUUCUGUCAAAUACAGAGGAGCUACAUGACAAGAUUGAAUCCCUCCUGGAACGAAUCCGGUUGCUCGAGGAUGCUCUGAGGACUCUGCAAGCAUCUGUCUCCACCCAGCCUCACCCUUUACUAGCUGCUCCGACAACGGAGAGCGUCUUAUCGACGAUACAUACUACCGCGCAUCAGACUGCCCCUGCACAGCAGCGCCCGACGCCAGCCGAAGACGAAGAGGAUGAUAUAAGUGAUUCCUUCGGUACAUUGUCGAUCGGAUCCGACGGUGAAACAAGUUAUCUAGGUCAAACUGCACGAGCUGAUUAUUUACUAAACGACUCUGACAGUGAUGACGAACUUGAAGCUGGCCGUCUGCCGAGUUCAUUCUACAAUUUCUGUUGGCCGGAGUGUCCACCUCCUGACAACUCAAUUGAAGAGACUGUCCUGACCUACUUGCCUGAUCAGAACGAGGCAUACGCAUUAUCCGACGUCUACUUAAGUCUGUCGGACUGGUUAGGAUUUAUUGUACCUCGAGAAAUGGUUCGAGAGGACUUCAUUGCACACGUAUACCAUCUUCCCAAUAGACCUUGGGCCGACACGAUACCUACAUGCCCCCACAGACUUGCUCUUCUGUUUUCUAUAUUUUCCCUCGGUGCAUUGUUUGAUCCUGCACAAGGUCCAAAUAAUGUACAAUCUGAUGACUACUAUCAUCUCGCUCGUGUAGCUCUGUCUUUCAAGUCAGCUGUACUAGAGACAACAACAUACUCGGUCUUGGCUAUUGUACAUAUGGCGUAUAUAUUAUUUCUUCGAGAUAAUCCUCAAGAACGCGAGCAAGGGUGGAUGAUUCUUGGAGUCGCCAACAAGUUAGCAUUAAGUAUGGGGCUACAUCGAGAUAGCUGCCGAUGGAAGUUGACAGAUGGAAUCAGCGAGAAUAGACACACAACGUUUUGGCAAUUAUACGUAGUUGAAACAAUAGCCAGUCUACAAUUCGGGCGUCCCGCAUCCCUAUGCGACAGCAUGAUCGAAUCCCCGAUUCCGAAGCAUAUUAAUUCGCAGCGAGCUAUCUCUCCCGAUGGACGCCCAAAUUACAUCCCGUGGCUCAUAGAGUUGGUGCGCUUGGCGAGACGUAUAAUCUCGGAAACAUCUGGUGCAAAGAGAAAAUCCUAUUCUUCCUUCCUUGAGCUCGAUUCUAAAUUACGACAGCAUGCGGAAUAUGAUUUUCAGCCCUACGAAUAUGCAGGACAAGAUGAGGAUCCGACGGUUGAAAGGAUGAGAUGGUGCAUUGAUUACUGCAAGGACAUUAUGCUAUUACAUGUUCACCGGGGAUUCAUGCUCGAAGCAUUGACAGAACGUAUGCAGGGUAAAUCACCGAGCAAAUACGACCUAUCGGUACAAACUUGCUUCGAUAGCUCAUUUCGACUGAUCGAGAACAUGCUAUGGAUUACGGAAAAGUAUCCCCAUCUUUCGUCGAGGAUGACCGGGUGGCAUGGGACGUUAAUUUCGUCAGCCGUCAUCAUGUGUGUCCUUAUAAUGCGGUGUCCGACAUGUGAGAUUGCCCGCCCUGCGAUGGAAAAGCUGGAUAGCGUACACGCAAUUUUCCAGAAAAUAUCAAAUCUGAAUCCUGCUGCGAAGAAAAAUCUGCAAAUAACCCGAAGACUCCGAACCCUAGCUCGUUCUGCGUUUGAUACUCCGAGAUUGACUAGCCACGGCUCGACGUCUCUUCAGACACCACAUCCUGUAUCUCUAGAGGAGCUAUCCGCAUUGGAACGUAGCUGUGGUAAAACGCAACUUCGAACAAAGAAGGAGAGGAACAUCGAAGCAUCCGUUCGGCGACGGCGUCGAGACGUUCGAACGACUCUGUCGCAAGGCCAGGAACAGUUGACGGAACAACAAUGGGCUACCGAACGUGCAAACAAGAGUGGAGAAGCACCUGUCCCUGGCAGUUCGGGCCCAUCGAGUUGGCGUGAUGACUCUAUGCGAUUUGGAUUUUCUAGUGCAGGAGAUGCUGUGGGCGCACCGUUUGGGACUGGGAUAGAACCAUAUUGGUAUAGUUUUAUGCAGCAAGUAGGGUUCUGAGCUAUUAUGCGUAUUUUUU